UCGUGUCCAGGCGGGGUGACUCUCAGUUCCGCGCGCGCUCAGCUGACUCCCGUUCCCACGGCUCUACGGUUUACGUUGCGCGUCGCGGACGGAGUGCGGGACUAAAGGGGCGCGUGUGCGGUCGCGUGGCGACAUCGGUAAUAUCGGUAUCCGGUAAUCAUCGGUGCCCGUCGCAGAGAAUACGACUCGGUCGGCCGCCAGCAGGAGAGAGAGAGAGAGAGAGAGGGAGAGAGAACGCUAGGAGCGUACGCGAGGCGGACGGAGAAGGAGACAGGCGUGGAGGUUAGGUCAGCCCCACCGACGUUGACUCGACAGUUUUCUUGGCCGCGCGGAGCGUCGCCGCGACGCUAGGGACUUUGGCGCCGCCGCACACUCGUGCGGCCGUACGACACAGCGGGCUGAACAGCUGAUGCUCCACGGACACCGGCGAGAUGUCAAAUAUCAUCCUGCGCGUGCAGUCUCCAGAGGGUACAAAGCGUAUAGAAGUGCUACCAUCCGACACAAUUUCUCAGCUUUACGAGAAGGUGUACGAAGCCUUCGAUCUAAAUAGUUUUGGAUUUAAUCUCUGUAAGCAACGAAGCCAGAAGGAGCCACUCACGUCCACCCGGAGCAGAACGGUGUCAGGGAUCGGUCUUUCUCAUGGAGACAUACUUUACCUCGUGCCAGCCAAUGGCACGCAACUGUGGAGUGCUCCGUCAACCAGUAGUGCCUCCAAUAACACUUCUACAGAAUCAGGCCCAAUGGACACUGCAAACGGAAUUACAAACCGUUCAUCUGGUAUUUCGCGAUCUCCGUCGAGUGUAGUCGAGAAUGACAUCGACGAGCAAUUGUGGAAGCUGGACGGCAAGAUCCAGCGUAAACGCGACGAGAAACUUUGUCGGCAUGGAGCGAGAGGAUGCUGCGUUCACUGUUCGCCCCUGGAACCCUUUGACGAAUUUUACCUGAAGGAACAAAAUAUCAAGCAUCUGUCCUUUCAUUCAUAUCUCAGGAAGCUCACUGCCGGAGUUGAUAGGGGCAAGUUCAUACAAUUAGACGACAUAAGCUGCCGUAUAAAGACUGGCUGCAAGGACCAUCCGCCGUGGCCGCGAGGGAUCUGCAGCAAGUGCCAACCGAACUCAAUCACUCUGAACCGCCAGACUUAUCGGCACGUGGACAACGUCAUGUUCGAAAAUGCUAGUUUAGUAGAACGUUUUCUUAAUUACUGGCGCAGCACUGGGCACCAACGUAUCGGCUAUCUGUACGGAAAAUACGAAGUACAUUCGGAUGUUCCGCUAGGAAUUAGAGCAGUCGUUGCGGCCAUAUACGAACCACCGCAGGAAAGUACAAAAGACACGAUAAGACUUCUGCCGGACGAGAAGGAAGCGUUAGUCGAGGAAUUAGGCCGGACACUUAAUCUGAGGAGAGUCGGAUGGAUUUUCACCGACCUCAUUGCCGACGAUGUCAAGAAGGGAACGGUCAAACACGUCCGCAAUAUAGAAAGCCAUUUCCUAUCUGCUCAAGAGUGCAUUAUGGCUGGGUACUUUCAAAAUCGGUACCCAAACCCCUGCCGCUUCUCGCCUAACGGUUAUUUCGGCUCAAAAUUUGUAACUGUCUGCGUCACAGGUGACGAUAAAAAUCAAGUACACAUGGAGGGCUAUCAGGUAUCCAAUCAAUGCAUGGCGUUGGUACGAGACGGCUGUUUGGUUCCUACAAAAGACGCACCGGAAUUGGGCUACGUGAUCGAGUCGACCGAUAAGCAAUACGUUCCGGAUGUCUUCUAUAAGGAGAAAGAUACAUAUGGGAACGAGGUGACGAGAUUAGGGAGACCUUUGCCAGUAGAAUAUUUAUUGGUUGAUGUACCUGCGUCCACACCGCUUACUCCGCAAUUUACUUUCUUCACGGAUGACAACAUCACUCCAUUCCCAGUUGAGAACAGGCAAGUCGAUGGACAAGUUCAAGAAUUCAACUCACUGUGCACCUACAUGCAGCAGUUUAACAGCGAUCAAUUUCUGGAAGCGACCUCCGACUUUCACUUGCUCCUCUUCAUCGCUAUCAUGGAUAUGUAUCCAAUGAAGGACCACAUGUUGCCACUGCUGGAGGCAAUUCGCAAUAAGGACAAGCAGAAAGCAAUGGAGUGGGCUCAAUCGGAGCAUUGGGCGACCGUGGAGCAACUCAUAUCCGUGACCUCCACGUCGUCGCGUCCACCGCAAGCCUCGUCCUUCGGUAACAGCUCGAGGACGUUGCCCUCCGCGACCGCGGAGGGCGGCGGUGGGAUAGGCGUCGGUACCGAGCCGAUCGCGAAUCCGCCACCGGACCAAGCUCUCUGGACCUGUUCCCACUGCACUUUCCUCAAUGCCGCGGACUUAGCAGUUUGCGAGAUGUGCAAUCUGCCAAGAGAAGAUGUUGAAGAAUAUGACGAAGAGAUGAUGAGGGAAUUGUUUUGAUAACGGAUUCGUGAGUUCAACAGUUCAAUCGAGCCUAACGAUGCAACAAAUUUGCAUCGACAUUUCGGCAUUAGACAAAUUUACAAUCGCGUAGACUUUAUGUACGUCAUACACAAUAUAUUUUUUCACGAACGAUACUUAAUUAUGAUUCCUUAGUGUGGAGGAAACGCACAGCUUUGCAACAAUUUGCAAAGGAUUAGUUAUCGCAGGCGAAGCGUAGGGGCAUGUAAUUGACUGACGAGAGCGGGAAUUGCACAUGUAGACUGUUGAAACAUUAUUAUACAUCCGCUGUUUAUUUAAAUCAUAUUCCAAAUAAAGUUUCUCUUGCAACAA